CCCCGUCGCCUCGGUUUUCUUCUGUCCGGCAUUUGCAGCGGAGCAGAACGUGGAGGGACCCCUGUAGAUCCUGAUGAAGGCUUCAUCAUUCUCACAUUCAUAAGACCGCCAGGGCCUAGAAGCGGCGCUCUCGGAAUUGACCGCGGAGACCGACGUGCCGGUUGUGUUUGUGAAACAGAGAAAGAUAGGCGGCCAUGGCUCAAUCUUGAAGUGCCUUUUAUUGAAGGAGGAACCUUGGCCAUAAUGCCAGUUGAUGAAUACUGGUUGUGUUUACCAGCCUCUCACAUUAGACCUCUUGUGCAGACUGUCAGGGUGGCGCUGUCUUGUCCCCACUGUUGCUGGUUUCCAGGUGUUCUCCCUUCAGUCCCUGUGCCACCAUGUGUACCUGCCAUGCUCUCCAGGGGUAGUCACAGUGCUGUAUUUCCUCCUCCACAUUCUUCCACUGCAACUCCUUCUGCAGCCCAAGUACCCUGUUCUGCUGAUCCCAAGUUCUGCCUUCCACCCCCUACAUCUGAUGGUAGGAAGGAGAGAAAUAUGCAGUGUGGGCUGGCUUACCAGGAGGGCAGACUUCAAAAGCUACUAAAAAUGAAUGGUUCUGAGGGUCUUCCUGAGUCCUAUGACUAUGACCUUAUCAUCAUUGGAGGCGGCUCAGGAGGACUGGCAGCUGCUAAGGAGGCAGCCAAAUAUGACAAGAAGGUGAUGGUCCUCGAUUUUGUCACUCCCACCCCUCUUGGAACUAGAUGGGGUCUUGGAGGAACAUGUGUGAAUGUAGGCUGCAUUCCUAAAAAACUGAUGCACCAAGCAGCUUUGUUAGGGCAAGCCUUACAAGACUCUCGAAACUACGGAUGGAAAGUCGAGGAGAAGGUUAAACAUGAUUGGGAAAAAAUGACAGAAGCUAUACAGAAUCACAUUGGCUCUCUGAACUGGGGCUACCGAGUUGCUCUGCGGGAGAAAAAGGUGGUCUAUGAGAAUGCCUAUGGGCAAUUUAUUGGUCCUCAUAGGAUUAAGACAACAAAUAAUAAAGGCAAAGAAAAAAUUUAUUCAGCAGAGAGAUUUCUCAUUGCCACUGGUGAAAGGCCACGUUACUUGGGCAUCCCUGGUGACAAAGAAUACUGCAUCAGCAGUGAUGAUCUUUUCUCCUUACCUUACUGCCCGGGUAAGACCCUGGUGGUUGGAGCAUCCUAUGUUGCUUUGGAAUGUGCUGGAUUUCUUGCUGGUAUUGGUUUAGAUGUCACUGUUAUGGUACGGUCCAUUCUUCUUAGAGGAUUUGACCAGGACAUGGCCAACAAAAUUGGUGAACACAUGGAAGAACAUGGUGUCAAGUUUAUAAGACAAUUUGUACCAAUCAAAAUUGAACAAAUUGAAGCAGGGACACCAGGCCGACUCAGGGUGGUAGCUCAGUCUACCACUAGUGAGGAAACCAUCGAAGGAGAAUAUAAUACGGUGUUGCUGGCAAUAGGAAGAGAUCCUUGCACAAGAAAAAUUGGCUUAGAAACUGUGGGAGUGCAGAUAAAUGAAAAGACUGGAAAAAUACCUGUCACAGAUGAAGAGCAGACCAAUGUGCCUUAUAUCUAUGCUAUCGGAGAUGUGUUGGAGGAUAAGCUGGAGCUCACCCCAGUAGCAAUCCAGGCAGGAAGACUGCUGGCUCAGAGGCUUUAUGCAGGUUCCACUGUCAAGUGUGACUAUGAAAAUGUUCCAACAACUGUAUUUACGCCUCUGGAAUAUGGUGCUUGUGGCCUUUCUGAAGAGAAGGCUGUGGAGAAAUUUGGGGAAGAGAAUAUUGAGGUUUAUCAUAGUUACUUUUGGCCAUUGGAAUGGACAGUUCCAUCAAGAGAUAACAACAAAUGUUAUGCAAAAAUAGUCUGCAAUAUGAAAGACAAUGAACGUGUUGUGGGAUUUCACGUACUGGGUCCAAAUGCUGGAGAAGUUACACAAGGCUUUGCAGCUGCACUCAAAUGUGGACUGACCAAAAAACAGCUGGACAACACAAUUGGAAUCCACCCCGUCUGUGCAGAGGUCUUCACAACACUGUCUGUGACCAAGCGCUCUGGGGGAAGCAUCCUCCAGGCUGGCUGCUGAGGUUAAGCCCCAGUGUGGAUGCUGUUGCCAAGACUCCAAACCACUGACAUGUUUCCUUGCCCAAUCCAAGGCAAAGUUUUCAGGAAGGUUCUUGGGCUCCUGGCACCUGUGUCUUGUGCCUACCUCCACCCAAGGCCCCCUUGGAUCUCCUGGUUAGGAAUCAGUGAAUGGAAGGCGGGCAGCAUCACACUGGGGUCACUGACGGACUCGAAACUGACAUCAGGCAGUGCAUCGAAGGGAUGCGUCCAUGAAGUCACCAGCCUCAAGCCUGUGUGGUGGGCAGUGAUGGAACAACUGUCGAAUCAGUUUCAGCAUGGCCUUUCCUUUGUUGGUUUUCUUAUUCCCAUUGUCAAGUUUUCUAACGUUGCUUGUUUUUUUUCUUUUUUCUCCAUGAUGUUAAUGAUAUUACAGAUGAAAAA